CCCUCCUCGCGGCGGGAGAGCGACCGCGGAGCCAUGGGCGGCGGGGGAGAGGGGCCGGCCUGGCGGGACUCGCUGCCCUACUACUACUGCGUCAAGUUCGCACUCUCGGCGUCCUCCACCCUCUUCUCGACUGCAGGCCUCGUGAUCUUCUGCGUGGGCGUUUAUGCUGAAGUGGAAAGGCAGAAGCACCGGACGCUGGAGGGGCUUUUCCUCGCCCCAGCUGUCAUUCUCAUCCUCCUGGGCAUCACGAUCUUUGCUGUUUCUUUUAUUGGCAUGGUGGGCUCCCUCCGAGACAACCGGACGCUGCUGAAAACCUUCUUCUGGGUCCUCUUGGCCAUCUUCAUCACUGAGUUGCUACUGCUGUUCGUCGAAAUCAUCUUUGAGAAGCAGAUGAAUGCAGUCUUCCAUUCCAGCAUUCAGGAUGGGAUAAGACACUAUUACGACGACUUGGAUUUCAAAAAUAUUUUGGACUAUGUUCAGCAAAAGUUUUCCUGCUGUGGAGGUGAUGAAUUCAGAGAUUGGCAUGUGAAUCGAUACCAUUCAUGCAAUGGCAGUGGCCCCCUGGCCUGCGGAGUGCCCUACACUUGCUGUAUUAGGAAGGCCCCAGGAGAAGUCAUCAACACACUGUGUGGAUACCGGACUCUAAAUCAAGAGCGACUGGAGCUGGUGAACACAAUUCACGUGCGCGGCUGCAUCCAUGCAGUGAGCUUUUGGUUCAAAGACAAUUUUGAAGCUACAUUAGGAAUUGUUUGCUCUUUGUUCCUUCCUCAGUAGUUGCAUUUUUAGAGGAUCCAGCGCUGGCAUUUCCUUGUUACUACAUCUUCUCCUAGUUGCCCUUGGGUUCCUUUCCACAAGCGCCAGCAGUGCCGUGGGAGAUGCGCCAUCCACUGCAAGCCUUAGACGUGCGGGAUCUGAAAGCACCAUCUGCAGCAUCAACAAUCCCAGGACUGUUGGCUGCGGCACAGCCAACCCUGGAGCAAGUCUGCGGUUGCUGCCACCAAGCAUCACUCAGUCUUUGGACAGGCAAAGCCCACCCAGUCACCCAGCACAGAAGGGGAGAGCAGAAAGAAGGACAAGGAGCUGAGAAUUCCGUUUUCAGCCCCAAUCCCGUGCCCCCAGUGGCUGCACUGGUGCCAACUCCUCCCCCAGGUACAAAUGAACCCUCACACACCUGAGGAUGUCCAGGAUUCUGUGCUGGAAGUGUUGGAAGAGUAGAAUGAUUAUCACCUUACCAUCUUCGGUUGCACAGCCACCCAGGAUCCACCUGUAAAGGAGUCUCUCCCCAGAUCUCUUGGCUCAGCGUGGCUUGGUUGGGGGCACAUCAUGCUCCUUGACCUUUUCAUUGUCUCAGUCAAGGACUACUGGUCCUGUUCACUAUACUGGCAAGAGAGCUUUAAGAGGUAGCCCGAUCUGCGUAGCCCUUCCACCAUCUGGGGCACCAACAGUUCA